UACUUUAUCCGGCAGUGUAUAUUUUUUCAUAAUUUUCCUUAUAUCUAACCCAUCUUUGAUUAUAAUGGCUUCGUUAAAUCGCUUGUCCCGACCACAGUGUAUGUUCCGACAAUCUUUUAAGUGCCUCGACCGUAAUAUUCUCAAAGCGUUUAUGAAGUGGAACUCGAGCAAAUGUGAUGCAGGAAUAGAUGGCAAAGGAGUUAAGGACUUACGCACUGCCGUUGAAGAUAAAAUUAAGUCUGAGCAGGAACGUAUAAAAAAGUUUGUCAAAGAAAAUGGAAAGAAGAAAUUGGGCGAAGUGACGAUUGCGCAAAUUUAUGGUGGUAUGCGUGGCAUACCUGCGCUGCUUUGCGAAACCUCAAGACUAGAUCCUAACGUAGGUGUACGCUUUCGCGGUUAUACCAUAUCCGAUUGUCAGAAGAAGCUGCCGAAGGCUGAAUGUGGGGAUGAACCCUUGCCGGAAGCAAUUUUUUGGCUGUUAAUAACUGGAGAAAUACCCACACCGGAACAGGCAAAAAUGAUAACAGACGAAUGGAAUGAUAAAGCUGCAAUCCCUGAUUAUGUUAAGAAAAUGUUGGAUAGCUUGCCAAAAGAUAUGCAUCCAAUGCCGCAGUUCUCAAUUGCCGUAACGGCAUUAAGUAAGGAUAGUGAAUUCUUGAAAGCCUACAAUAAGGGCGUUAAAAAGACAGAAUUUUGGAAGUCUGCAUUGGAGGAUACAAUGACAUUGUUAGCCAAGUUGCCCAAUAUAGCGGCAUAU